AUAACUGCGAUUGGAGCAGUUGUCGUGGAAGUAGGGGCGACCUGUCAGACUCGGAUAAGGGUUGCGCGAUGGCGUGAAGUGAUCGAGGCCCCGGACCUCGCCUUCACAUUUACAUUUACAAUUUUGUCGCCCUCUCUCCCCAAUUUGGGCAAACAGCAUUCCUCCGCAAAGUCGGUGUUGGCGCACACCCCCGAGUUACAAAUGAUAAUUAUGGAGAAGACAACAAACCGAUAGCUUUGACAUAAAUUAUAAUAUAUGUAUACAGACUUAUGCAUAUGCACAUCCAAUUUCUGUUUUGUUAUUCAAGAAAGGUUCCUCUGCUAACUUUGGGGAGGCUCUUGUUGAUGAGUUCUGUUUAGCUCUGCCCCUCCUGUAUCGAAUCAGUAUUUGCUUCGCAGGCUCUCACUAGUUAAAAGACAUUAUUAUGAGUAAUGUUAUAGAGGAUGAUGAUUCAUUCACAAAGCCCCUUGGAAGACAGUCUGUGCUUUACUAUGGCGUGGGGCACAUGCUCAAUGACAUCACUGCUGCCUGUUGGUUUACUUAUCUCUUAUUGUUCCUGACAGAAAUUGGACUUUCUCCUAGGGAUGCUGCUACAGUUAUGCUUUCUGGUCAAAUAGCUGAUGGAUUCACAACCAUAUUUGCUGGUGAACUGAUAGACAGGUUUGGACAUUUCAACAUAUGGCAUGGUGCAGGAUCUUUUUUGGUUGCUAUUUCAUUUUCUUCUGUCUUUGGUGGUUGCAUUCCUUGUAAGAUCUUUGCUACCUCUUCAUCGACAUUACGAACUGUUGGCUACAGCGUGUUUGCAGCGAUCUUCAAUGUAGGUUGGGCUGCAAGUCAGGUUUCACACAUGUCUAUGGUGAAUUGCAUCACACUAAGUUCAACAGGUAGAGUGGUGCUGACAAGCUGUCGCAAUGCUUUUACAAUGGUUGCCAACCUCACCUUAUACGCAAUUGCUCUAAUUGUCUUUGCGGUCACUAAAGCAGAAACAAAUGCUGAUGUUGAAAAUCAGUACCGCUGGAUUGCAUACGUUUCAAUUUUCUUUGGAUGCUGCUUCGUGGUCAUAUUUCUUCUUGGGACGAAAGAGCCAAGAUCAAAGGUAGGAGUACAAGGAAAUAGCCAUGUGAGGAUUGCUUGGGCAUACUGGUUCAAGAGGGCUCUAUAUUAUGAAGUUGCCCUUGUUUACGUGCUCACCAGAUUAGUAACGAAUAUUUCACAGGCAUACCUUGCAUUCUAUGUUAUUAAUGAUCUACGAAUGGCCCAAUCAGCUAAAGCUCUGGUUCCUGCCAUAAUCUAUAUUUGCAGCUUCAUCAUAUCUAUGAUUCUACAGGAAAUUGUGUGGACAGGCCAACGCCUGAAGGCCUAUUAUUCUGCUGGAGGCAUUCUUUGGAUAUUUUGUGGUGCAGCGAUCCUUCUCUUACCUAGAAGCAUGAGUGCUUUCAUGUACUUUAUAUCAAUAUUUAUUGGAAUUGCAAAUGCUUUGAUGACGGUGACUGGGGUAAGUAUGCAGAGUGUUCUAAUUGGUGAGAAUCUUGGCGGCUGUGCAUUUGUUUGUGGAUCAUUGAGUUUCUUGGACAAGAUCUCAUGUGGGCUUGCCUUGUAUGUUCUUCAGUCUCUCCAAAGUUCCUCCCCAGAACUACAGUUGACAAAGUCAGCGCAUGUCUAUAUUUCAGUUACAAGGUUUGGUUUGGGUCUCAUACCACCAUUUUGCGCACUAGUCGGGGUGGCAGUUACAUACACCAUGAAACUCCAUACCCCCUUUUCAAAACCUAUAAUGGAGCCCCUGUUGGAAUAGUCUGUGACAAUACAAUUUCCUUCAAAUUAUAUCGUAAGAUGUUGGGGACUGCCAGUUCGAUUAUUAAACUGAAAGAAAGCUCUAUGGUGUAGCCAUUCUAUAGGAGAAGACAAAAUGUUUAGCUACUGAUAUGGUUAAGAAUGCCAUGGGAAGUUUCUUUUGUAGUUCUUUCAUUUAAGUCACUGUUAUCAUGUCUUCAGGACAUUGUUCUGUGUAUAUUUGUACUGUGUUAUAUUUCAUUAACGAAAACAUUCCUUCAUUGAAGUUUUACAAAGCUAAAUGUAUUCUCCUCACAAUUAUGAUGAAGGAAUUCUAUUCUGGUCUUUAA